AAUGACAAGAAGAGCAGCGAGCAGCGAGCGACAGUUGUCUUAAUUUAGAUGUUGACACUUUUAACAAAAUGAAAAUGAUUAAUUGACACCAACAACAAUAAAUACUUAAUUAAAAUGACAAGUGAUAUAAAAAUAACACUAAUGUCAGUGAAUAUUGCUGAAAACUCUAAUUUUAUAGCUGUAAAACUUUGUGACGAUCAGGAACUUGGUCAAUUUGGUCUUCCCUUAUCAACAAACUCAUAUAGAGAUAGACUAGAGUCAUUAAUGGAUAUGGAAAAUUAUUUAUAAUCUCAUUAAAACCCCAUUUAAAUAUUGCAUAUAUAAAAAUCUAGAAUUGUAAUAUGCAACCCCAGAUAUAAUACUAUACUCGCCCAGAAUGGAUAAAGUUUUUCGCUUGCUGCUUUGGAUAACCCUAUUCUUUCUUAUGGCACGUGGAAAAUUCAAGACUCUGAAUUGUCAGCUCCUCGACCCUGAGAUAGGUAACUUCAGUAAAUGCGAGAUAAAGGCUGUCAGUAGAGAUAACAAUAUCAUAAACGUUAACUUUGACGUAUUUAAAACUAUCAAAGCUGCUAGGGUUCAAGUUGGGCUCUUUAAACGUGAAAAUGGCUGGCAUCCCUAUCUUUAUUCUUUUAGCAUUGAUGCGUGCAAAUUCAUAAAGAAACCAUAUAAUGUAGUUGCGAUAAUAGGCUUCGAGUAUAUAAAACCCUAUUCAAAUCUUAAUCACACCUGCCCUUAUAUGGCUGGCACAUCCUUAAUUGUUAAAGAUUUUCAAGUAGAUAUAGAUCAUUUUCGAGUUCGUUUUCCGGUUCCCAAUGGAGAAUACGGAUUAAGACUGUCCAUUUUUAAAAACAAAAUCUUGAAGGCAACUAUUAAUGGAUCUGUUUAUUAUUUCGAUUAUAAGAAUCAAUGAAGCUUAUGGGAAUAAUUUGCAAAUGGGAAUCUGUAUUAAUAUGACUUCAUCUAUUUGAAGUCCCAAUAUAUUUGAAUUAAAAAUAUAAAUAAAAUU